UAUUGUUCUGUUUAGAUAAGAUAAACAUGAACUAUGUUAAAAAAAAAAAAUGGCUCGACUCGGUAGACUAAGGGAAAUAACUCUAAAAGAAAACAAAAUGGCAACCUCCAUGAAAAACAUUUCUCCGAUGAAAAAUUAGAUAACAUUAAUUAGUUAAUAUAAAAAUGAGGAUCUUCAGAUAUAACAAAUUCCUGAUUUCAACUUACCAGAAGUUGUCCGGUUACAGAAAAUAUACUACAACUGAUCAGAUAUAUGAUGUGAUUGUUGUGGGAGGGGGACAUGCUGGAACAGAGGCGGCAUGUGCAUCAGCUCGGAUGGGUGCCAGUACACUGUUAGUCACACACAAGAAAGAUACUAUUGGUGAGAUGUCUUGUAACCCAUCAUUUGGAGGAAUAGGAAAAGGUCAUUUGAUUAAAGAGAUUGAUGCUUUAGAUGGUGUAUGUGGUAGAAUUUGUGAUUUAUCUGGUGUUCAGUUUAAAAUACUUAAUAGAAAAAAAGGACCAGCAGUAUGGGGUCCAAGAGCUCAGAUUGACAGAAAGUUAUAUAAAAGUCAUUUACAAAAAGAAGUAUUUAAUACUAAAAAUCUGACGAUACUAGCUUCACCUGUUGAAGAUCUGAUAUUAUGUGAAGUCACUGUUCCAGAUAAUAAUGUAAUGAAACAUACUUGUCAUGGUAUCAUUUUAGAAAAUGGAGAAAGAGUUGAAGGGAAAACAGUUGUUUUAACAACAGGAACAUUUCUAAGAGGAACAAUUAAUAUAGGAUUAAAAAGUCGUCCUGCUGGAAGGAUGGGAGAUGAGGCAGCUAUUGGAUUAGCCAAAAGUUUAGAAAUGGCUGGCUUUAAUCUCGGGAGAUUAAAAACUGGUACGCCUCCUCGACUUGAAAAACAUUCAAUAGAUUUUAGUAAAACUACUGCGAUGUCUGGUGAUGAUGUACCUGUUCCAUUUUCUUUUAUGAAUGAAUCUGUGUGUGUAAAGCCUGAAGAUCAGUUGCCAUGUUAUGUAACUCAUACAGGAGUUGAAGUAGAAGACAUUGUAAAACAAACUCUACAUAAUAAUAAACAUGUACAAGAAGAGAUCUGUGGACCAAGGAAUAUAUCCAAUUCUUUGUGAUGGUCUUUUAGAAACAAUUAUCCUAGUUCUGUGCAACUAUCCUGAUCUUCAUUAGCCCAGUUGGUGCAGAAAAGUGCAAUUAUCCUAGCUCUGUGAUGCUUUAUCAAAGAAAUACAAACUUUCAUCUUUUUAUAUUUGAUUCAA